UGGUAGCGAUGUGAGUCGGACGCUACCCGGUCGCCUCUUUCAAUGCGCUCUUUCGCGCCGCGGGCGAUUGCUCCACCGCGAAUUUGGGCCAAGCACAAAUACUUCUGUCCCUUUUCAAUUCGUUUCAUAAUCAAUAUCGCCGUCUCACUCCUAUGUUUUCACUCGUCUCGUGAUUAUAUACAAGCAUUUAUGUAAUAUGUUCACUGUUUACAAUGUGACCCGAAUCAGGUGAUGAGAGAAUAUACAUUACGAACUGAAAUAUUAAAACAGCAACUCUGUCAAUGGUGAUACUGUAUUGAUAUAUAUAUUAUGAAGACAACGGAGUUGGAAGCGAGGUGACCCAGAAAUAAAUAUGCCGCUACUUCGUAACGAAGAAGUCCCCACGGUAAAAGUCACUGACUCCGUCGUGACACGGUACGCGGUCGCCGUUGUUGGAUCGUGGGCCGCGGAGACAGCUACUUACCCGUUCGACUUGACAAAGACGAGGCUUCAAAUACAAUCUGAAGUGGCCGCUGCUAAACAUGGAUAUAAGUUGGAGAAUCUUGGAAUGAUAAAAACAGCUGUCAGCAUUGCAAAGAACGAGGGCGUGCUCAAACUGUGGACCGGACUGAUGCCGAUGUUCCAGCGCCACGCGAUAUACUCUGGCUCCAGGAUUAUUUUCUACGAACAGUUCCGAAAUUGGUUCAAAGAUGAAAACGGGAAGGUGUCGUUGGGCGUGGCGUCUUUGGGGGGGCUGGCUGCUGGGUCUUUGGCGCAGCUGAUCGCAUCACCCACGGACUUGGUGAAGGUACAGAUGCAAGCUGAGGGUCGGAGGGUUCUACAGGGCAAACCACCAAGAUUCGCCAACUGCAGACAGGCGUAUGCGAUGCUAUAUGCUGAAUCCGGGAUCUUGGGCUUUUGGAGAGGAGCGGUGCCAAAUGUACAACGAGCGGCCUUAGUGAAUAUGGGAGACUUGGCAACCUACGACUACACUAAACAAUUCCUGAUGAGGGAGUUUGGAAUGGCCGACAACGCGUUGGUGCACGGCGCCGCUGCGUUUUCAGCUGGCUUCGUCGCUGCUGUCCUGGGAACCCCGGCGGAUGUACUUAAAACGAGACUUAUGAAUCAACCUGUCGGUCCUGAUGGAAGAGGGCAGUUGUAUCGCGGAAUGAUCGACUGUCUCCAACAAUCUGUGAAGAACGAAGGCGUAUUAUCACUUUAUAAGGGAUUCUUACCAUUAUGGAUGCGUUUAGGUCCUUGGGCGCUUAUCAACUGGAUAGCAUUCGAGAACAUAAUGUUGUCUAUAGGGGGACAGACAUUUUAAGCCAAAUUUUGUAAUUAACAUUUAAAAAUAAUUACAUGAGUCAACAUAUAACCGACACAUAAAAUUUGAAAGGCGUUUAAUAUGUCUGUUCCAAAUGAAUACUUAAUGUACAAUAAAACAGGGACUUUUCUCAGAAUAAGAUCUUAUCUGAGCAAAUUGUAUAAAUUUUUGGGGCUUUACCUACAAGGUUGACGAUUAUAGGUAUAAAGCUAACACAACAUUGAACAGUGUAAUUAUCACUAAGGCAGUUUAAUAUUUAAUUUAUAAAUUUUUAGAACAUUAUAAAAAUAUAAUAAAAAAAAUUGCCCAAACUAAACAAAGAAAAAUAUAUAAAAAUAUAUUCGUCUCAAAGUUCAUAAAUGAAUAGUCAAAUUGUGCACAAUGUUUUUUAUAGUUUAAUGGUUAUUUUUUUAAUUGAACAAUAAUGAAAAUAUAUCUUAUAUACGUCGAUAAUGAACCUAUUGUUGUAAGCGAAUAAUUUAUUAAAAUAGGUAAAUAUUUAUUUAUUUAUUUGAGUCAUAGAUACACUUUAUAUGAAGUAGUCAUUCAAUUAUUUUAUGUUUUUAAUCGACCAGUGGUGCUAUUUGUUUAUGCCAUUUCGUUAUAAGUAAAAGCUUUAGCAACGAAUUAACUUAUAAAGUACUGCUGUAAAAAUCUAUAUUUAGUAAUCAUUUAAUAUAAAUAAAUUAUUAGAAGCCACAAAUUACUAAAAUCAAAUAUUUUAUUGGUUAACUACAAGUAUAUUUUUGGUACUGAAUAUGCUUUGGGGAUAAUUUAUUUAAUGAACAAAAUUCUAAAAUGAAGUCGUCAUUGCAGUACCUGUAUUCCAAGUGAUUUAAAGUUUUUAUAAUUAUUAUAUAUUAUAAAUUUGGAACCGCUAGUUAAUGGUAAGUAUAAAUGUAUUAUCUAUGAUAUAUAGGUACCCUCUCCGUUCUUUUAUAUGCAUAUAUUUUUGUAAUUAUUUUUGACAUAUUCCUGCAAUUGUUACCGAUAGAUUGGUAUUUAAAAUAAAAAUUAGUUUUAAACAUAAGCAAAUUAGCGGAACGCCCCCUUAGCUACACAAUUAUACCAGUUUGUAUUAAUAUGUACUCUUUAAAAAGGUAGUAGUCAUUACAAAAGACAAACAAAAGAACUGUGAUUCGUUCCUCGUAAUUUAUAUAAUAUAGAUUUUAAUUAACUUUUUUGUACAGUUGUUGUUAGAAAUAUUAGAUACAUAGUAUCAAAUAUAUCUCGUUGCUGUGUAUUUUUAGAUUUAUAACACCGUGUUGAUAGCUGUAUAGAUUUAAAAUCAUGUGCGAAAUGUGAUGUUGUUGACAAUAUACUUAAUAAAUUAUUUAUUUGUUGAA